CACACUGCUUUUUCUCAAUGUUAUUCAAAGAAAUGAUCAGUGGCAUUGAAAAACACCUCUUCUUGGGUCAGGGAGCAAAGAGUCCACAGUACUCCCAACAGUGACCUUGACAAAGGUCUCUUCAGUACUGCUGGAGAGAUCUUUGCUGUCAGUCUAGCUCAAGGUAGCCCAGCCCCAUGUUUUAUGAGGGAGUGGUGCUACUUUUACCUCACCACUGGGGAAGUUGAUGUCAGCAGAAUUUGCAAGGAUGAUGUAGAUGAUGUUGAAUACUCCCUAUUGAUCACAAAGCUUGAAGAGGCAACUGAUCUGACUGAAUUUACAGAUGAAAUUAUCAGCUGUGGAUACACAGGAGCACUCAACAUAAAACAAAAAUAUGCUGUAAUUAGAGCAAUUGUUCUCCAUGUAACAUUUCAAGUUAUACAAAUGCUUGGAGACUUGCGCAAAGGCCUUCAGCUGUAUGGAUUGCUGGACAUACUCAAGGAGCAUCCAAGUCUUUGCAAGAGUCUGUUUGUUCCUGGGGAGGACUGUACAGGAAAUGCAGACUAUAUUCUCAGCAAUGUUGCUCCUGAAAUGAGUGAGAGAGGAACUUCAAGGGCUUCGGUAGAGAGUAAAAUCAUAAACUACUUUCAGGACUUCCUUCAAGAAAUUGAAUGUGGAGAGAGUGCUGAAGAUGCAGCAGAAGUGGAAACUGAGCCAUCCUACCUCACUGUCCCUAGAGUCAUGCAAUGGAUUACAGGCCAGGGACAUAAGCCACUACUGAUUUCGAUAGUUUUCAAAUUUGAUCAUGACUGUAAAGUCAGAAUGCCACAGCACACUAUAUGCUUCCCAAUAGUGAGUGCUUGCACUUAUACAGUUACCUUUCCAGUAGCACACAUGACAACAUAUGAAGACUUUAAAUGCAUCAUUGUACAAGCCAUAAAAUCAGGGGGAGCAUUUAGCAGGGUUUAAAUAUCACCCACAAUAUAGUGCUGGAUUUGAGUUAAUCUCUUAAACCAUAGCUUUAAGUGUUACAGAUGGUUAACAUAUUUCCUAUAUCAACUGGUGGAUGUCUGCAGUACUUUUAGACCUACAUUAAGAUACUUAAGUUGCAUUUUCUUUUCUGAAAUGUUUUUAAAAUGGGCCUCCGUUAGAGUGCGGUUUCUGUAGUUUAUAUCUUAUUUUUAUAUAUAUAACUUGCAUUUGCAGUUCAAAUCAAACCGCUCUGUUGUAGAGCUUUCCUUAACUGAUUUUAUAUCUGUUUUAAGGUACUGAUGUUGCAUUUCAUUUAUAAGUUCAUGUUUUCCAAGAGAGCCUUGGUGUAGAUGUUUGCAACUACAGUAGGUAUUUGACAAUGUUGAUUACAAUAAUAAUAAAAAAAAAACUUUUAAAA